AUAUAUAACCCAACAAUCGAAGAUUCAUAUCGAAAACAGACAGUUAUAGAUGGUCAGCCUUGUGUUCUAGAAAUAUUGGAUACUGCAGGACAGGAAGAAUACGCUGUUUUGCGUAAUUUAUGGAUCAGUGCUGGUGAAGGCUUUUUAAUCAUCUAUUCCGUAUCUUCAAGAUCAACAUUUGAGAGAAUAGAACAAUUUUAUAAUAGCAUUUUAUAUCAUAAAAAUUAUGUACCACCAAUUAUACUUAUCGGUAAUCAAUGUGAUAAACAUGCCGAACGGGAAGUUUCAAGAGAAGAAGGAAUGAAUAUGGCGAAAAAGCUCAGAUGCGAUUUCAUAGAAACCUCUGCAAAAACUUGUGUGAAUGUGGAAAGAUGUUUUUAUUCAUUAGUUAGGAUGAUUAGAAGCACAAA